AUGAUCAUGGGGUCCAGCUUUGAGGAGCUGAGCAGGAACGGGUCUGACUGCAGUGAGGAGGUAGAGAUCAUAGUCAAUGUUGGAGGCAUCAGGCAAAUCCUCUAUGGAGACAUCCUAAACAGGUACCCAGAAACCAGACUGGCAGAGCUGGUCAACUGCUUGGCUGGAGGUUAUGAUGCUAUCUUCUCUUUAUGUGAUGACUAUGACCCUGGGAAGAGGGAAUUUUACUUUGACAGAGACCCUGAUGCCUUCAAAUGUAUAAUGGAGGUGUACUACUAUGGAGAGGUCCACAUGAAGAAGGGGAUAUGUCCCAUUUGUUUUAAGAACGAGAUGGAGUUCUGGAAAGUAGACUUGACCUUUCUGGAUGAGUGCUGUAAGAGCCAUCUAAGUGAGAAGAAGGAGGAACUGGAGGAGAUAGCUAGGAGGGUGCAGACCAUCCUGGAUGACCUAGGAGUUGACACCACUGAGAGCCGCUGGAAGAGGUUUCAGAAAUAUGUCUGGAAGUUCAUGGAGAAACCAGAAUCCUCUUUUCCUGCCAGGGUCACAGCUGUGCUGUCCUUCCUCUUCAUCUUGACCUCAUCAGUGGUGAGUGUGUAGGGACUAUUCCUGAAAUGCAGGUGGAAGAUGCAGAAGGGAACCAUGUAGAGCACCCUGUUCUAGACAACAUAGAGACAGCAUGCAUUGGCUGGUUUACCCUGGAAUAUCUUCUUAGACUCAUGUCUUCCCCCAACAAGUUACACUUUACAUUUUCCUUCAUGAAUAUCAUUGACGUGCUGGCCAUCCUUCCAUUCUAUGUCAGCCUUACCCUGACCCAUCUAGGGGCACGUAUGAUGGAGUUGACGAAUGUCCAGCAGGCUGUCCAAGCCCUCAGGAUCAUGAGGAUUGCCAGGAUUUUUAAGCUGGCCCGGCAUUCCUCUGGGCUGCAGACCCUAACCUAUGCCCUCAAGAGCAGUUUUAAGGAGUUGGGUCUACUCUUGAUGUACCUUGCAGUGGGGAUCUUUGUCUUUUCAGCUCUGGGGUACACUAUGGAACAGAGUCAUCCAGAUACCUUGUUUAAAAGCAUCCCUCAGUCUUUCUGGUGGGCCAUCAUCACCAUGACCACAGUGGGCUAUGGUGACAUAUACCCCAAAACCACUCUUGGCAAACUAAAUGCAGCCACAAGUUUUCUUUGUGGAGUAAUUGCUAUUGCCCUGCCAAUUCACCCUAUUAUCAACAAUUUUGUGAAGUAUUAUAACAAACAGAGGGUUUUAGAGACCGCCACCAAGCAUGAAUUAGAGCUGAUGGAACUUCACUCUGGAGGUCGUGACCUCAGAGGGUUCAGACGUGACACUGGAGGUUCUGAGGACAUGUAUAUGUGGAGCCACCUUAAGGCCUCUCAUAGUGAUACAUUCAUCCCUGCCUUAUCAAAGGAGAAACAUCACAGAACAAGACUUCAGAGCUGCAAGUAA